UAAUAAUUAGGUGAAUCAGGUAUUAGACAUGAAACUUUUGUCAUAACAACAGCAACAGGUCAUGGCAUCCAGUAAACCUAUUCCAUGUGGACCUUGUAUAGAAGGAAAAGUUACCACUAAAGCUGAUAUCUGGUGUUACAACUGUGAUGACGGGUUGUGUUCAACAUGUUCUGGUCAUCAUAAAAGAUCUAAAGGAACAAGUGAUCAUAAGACUAUUGGUAUCAAAAAUUACAAACCAUCUAUCCAAGCUAUUAGAACAGAAUGUGACAAACAUGGUCAACAGCUUAACUUGUAUUGUCCCAGCCAUUUGAUGCCUUGCUGUGAUGAAUGUAUAUCCAUUAGUCAUUCAAAGUGUACCGGAAUAAAAAGUUUAGCCAGUAUUGUGGAGAAAACCAAGAUUGAAAAAUCUAAAGAAUCCGUAGAGAAAGAUAUCAACUCUGUCUUACAACUCUUAGGUAAAAUUGUAAAUAACAAAUCACAAAACAUUAAAAGAGGAGAACAAGAAUAUAAAAGCAUUAAAGAAUUCAUUGUGAAAAUUCGUAAGGAAAUAGAUAAAAAUUUAACCCACCUAGAAAAGAAGAUCUACCAAGAAGCAGAUACCAUCUUGAAUGAGGAAAAAUCAAAAGCCACAAAUUUAAUCACUGACAUUGAAGGAAAACAGAAAAAUUUAAAGAAAAUGCAAGACCAGUUAGGUACAGUUAUGCCACACACUUCAAAACUCCAAUCAUUUCUAGGUUUACAUCAGAUAGAACAACAAGUACAUCAAUGUCAAGGAUACAUAGAUGAUCUGGAAAAAGACGACAGGGCAAAAGAAUUUACCAUCAAAAUGGAGCAAAACAAUGGAGUAGAAAAGAUAAUAAAAAAGUUAGGAUCCUUAGGAGAAUUGACCGUUGUGAAAACAAAUAUGGAUUUAAAGAAUAAAACAUGUGUUAGUAGGGAAGCACAAGUAGAAUCACAAGAACUAUUAAACAUAAACAACAUGACCAUGAAUAUUGAGGAAAGGAGAAAGAUCUACAUGCAGAGGAGCAUUAGUGUCAUGAUUUGUCUGAUGGAUGGAAGACUUAUAAUAGUGGAAUUGGAUGACAAAGUUAACCUACUUACUCCUGAUGGCAAACUACUGAAAAGAUUACCUAUACCUGGUAGAGCUUUUAAUGUUACACAGAUCAAUCAGACUAUUGCCAUAACUUAUCCUUAUGAGAAAGCCAUUAAGAUCUUCAAUAUAGAGAAUGAAACAGUAACCAAAGUUAUCACAUUAGAUAAAGAAUGCUAUGGAUUAUCAUCAUCAGAUAAUUCUCUAGUUGUAGGUUUGAAUACAAAGGAAAUCCGUAUUAUAGACUUAGAAGGAAAUACACUGAAGUCAAUACAAGUUAAGAGUUUAUCAUUACAGCAGAACCUUGUUUACUGUAAUGACAGAGUAAUCUAUAGUGACUAUCAUGGUAAUGCAGUAUACUGUGUUGAUCAAUCAGGUAAACAGAUCUGGCAAUAUGCACAGGAUUUAUCAGGACCAUAUGGACUUUGUAUAGAUACUUAUGGUAACAUUAUUGUAGCAGACUCAAAAUCUCAAAGAAUAAUAGGUAUAUCAAAAGAUGGAAAGGAUAGUAAAGUACUGCUUAGUGAUGGAUUGAAGUAUCCUAGAUGUAUUUGUUUGAAACAAAACGAGUCUUCAGGUUUUAUUUGUGAUGGUAGUGGCACAUACUUGGCAAAAUUCAAUCUAUCUUCCAGAUGA